AUGGCGUUUCUCUCUCGCGCCCGUACCGCCGGCCAGGCCGGCGACAUCGCCGAUGCCGCCGUCGCGCUCCGUCGGUCCGUGUCCCACGCGGCAACCGCCCUCGCGGUCAACGCUGGGUUGUGUCACAACACCCGGCACCGGCUGGAAAUAGCCAUCCACGGAUGCGUGAGCAGCGGUCGCAUGAGCCGCUCCCACGUCAAGACGUUUCGGCAAGUGCACAGCCUGCCCGAAUACCUGGCAUCGGAGGAAACCCGCCACGGCAAGCGCGUGGGCGAUCGCGGCUGCCCGCUGCGUCGUCUCCGGCGUCGUGUCGCCGCGCUGCUCAAGGACGCUGAUGCCAUCAUCGCCGGCAAUCCCCGGCCCGUCCGCUAUCACAAGCGUUGGGCCCGUGGCCUGCCGCCCCGUUUCCGACCCGAGGACCUCCCGCCCAUCACCAGCGUGCGCGACAUCCUCGACCUGCCCAACUACGGCGAGAUCGUCGCCGAAUGGAAGCUCGAAAAGGUGCCCCUGAUGCGGAGUGCGGACCCCCACGCGUCUCCUGACGCCGGCCUCAAGAAUGAUGGUGAAACCUACAUGCUCCAACGCCUCGUGGCGCGCGCUGCCGUUGCUGUUGCCCUGAUCUCGGCGAUUCUGGUCGUCACCGCCUGCACGGAAGCCGAACAACCCGCCCUUUACGUGGGCGGGGUACCCGACCAGGACGUCGCCGUCCUGGAAGCCCGCUUCAACCUCCUCGCCGAACACCUCGCCGAGGAAACCGGAGUCGCCGUCCGGUAUCUUCCUUCCCAGUCCUACGCCGCUCUGGUGACCGGUUGGGACAACGACGACGUCCAACUGGCCUGGUACGGCGGGCUCACCGGAGUUCAGGCGCGGUUAGCUGUUCCCGGCUCCCGCGCCGUCGCCCAGCGCAGCACCGAUGAAAACUUUUCCUCGGUGUUCGUCGCCGCCCCCGACUCCGGCAUAUCCUCGCUGUCAGACCUCAAGGGACGCACCUUCACCUUUGGCAGCGAGAGUUCUACCUCCGGCAACCUGAUGCCCCGGUUCUUCCUGGACCAGGAAGGCAUCGUCCCCGAGACGGAUUUCAAAAGCGUGGCCUACAGCGGGUCCCACGACGCCACCUGGAAACAGGUCGAGGCCGGCGCCGUCGAAGCCGGCGCUCUCAAUGCCAACGUGUGGAAAACCCGUUUGGAAAAGGACGACGUUGACACUUCCAGGGUCGCCGCUUUCUACACGUCUCCCGGCUACGUCGAUUACCACUGGGUGGUCCGACCGGGCCUAGAUGAGGUCUACGGCGCCGGAUUCACCCAGCGCGUGCUCGAUGCCCUGCUCAAGCUGAACGCUUCCAACGGCGGCCGCGAUCAGGAGAUCAUGGAUGCCUUCCAGGCUGAUCGUAACCACCCGGCCGUCGCGAUCCGCCGGGCCGGCAAGACCUACGGAGAAGUCGAGGCGGUUCGUCCGCUCUCGUUCACCAUCGAGCCGGGCGAGACCGUCGCGUUGCUCGGGCCCAGCGGCAGCGGCAAGACCACCCUCCUGUCCAUGAUCGCCGGUGAGUUGGAGCCGUCCGAAGGAUCCAUCCUCCUGCGCGGCAAAGACCUGGCCCAACUCCAUCCGGGCCGCCAGCUCUGCCGCGAGGUCGGCAUGAUCCACCAGCAGUUUGACCUCGUGCCCAACCUCUCAGCAUUGCAAAAUGUGCUGGCCGGCCGGCUGGGCGAGUGGAGCCUCCUCAAAUCGGUAAUCUCGCUGGUGUGGCCCCAGGAGCGGCAGGUGGGCAUGACCGCCCUGGAACGCGUGGGCGUCAGGGAUCGCGCUCGUGUGCGCGCCGGCUUUCUGUCCGGCGGCGAGCAGCAGCGCGUGGCCGUCGCCCGCCUUCUCGUACAGGACCCCGCCAUCAUCAUUGCCGACGAGCCGGUAUCGUCCCUGGACCCGGCGCGGGCCGACGAGGUGAUGGGCAUCCUGACCGAAUCGGCCCGCCAGGCCGGAAAGACUUUGGUUGCCACCGUCCAUUCCCCCGACGUGGCUCGAACCUAUUUCGGACGCCUCAUCGGUCUCCGCAACGGUGAAAUGGCAUUCGACCUUCCCUCCCACAAAGUCACCGAUGAUCACUUGGCCGCCCUCUAUGCAUUGGAGGGCCUGCGGGAUGAAUGA